UUAUAACAAAUCGAAAAAUAUGAGCUAUUCAAUUCAAGUUUUAACCUUUUCCAAAUGGAUCGCGUAUGCAAACGGUUACGAAUAAAAGUGGCAACGUUGCUCUUCGCUUGUUUAGGUUGCGGUGUUGCAGAUACUCGAUGUCGGGUAUCACAGUGUAUCUUCGUUUCUGGCAUUUAUCGUAAAUAUAACGUAUUUUUGUAAGACAAAGAACAUGUGCAUCACUGAUUGAAGACCAUCUGCAUUAUAACAUAACAUCAAAGAAUAUUAAAUUUUGAAGAUAAAUGGAUGGCCUGUGACAUUGCCUUGUGUAUCUCAUCUUUUCUAUAAUGGAGGCUUUAAGAAGCGAUACAGUACAUACUUCUGAUUCUAUACGUUCGUUGUCUUGUAUCGGUACACAUCAUAUUGAUGAAUUAUCAAAAGAAAAAGAAGACGAACUGUUAUAUGGAGCAGGUGAUGAUGGCGAUGAAGAGGAAGCUUUAUCAGAUGACAGUAUGCGUUUGAGACUGUCUGAUGACGACGAUGAAGCUGAACAAGAGGUUGUGUUGACAACAAUUUUACAUAAAGAAAAUAAAUUGAAAGAUGAAACAGUUGCUGUGAUGUCUGGGAAAAAUCAAGAUGCACAAGCUUCUCCUGUUCCAGAAAUAAAUUUAAUACAACACGGUGCAACUGCGAGGGAAAUACGUGAAGAGGAACGUUGUGCAGGUAAUAUUUCCAUGGAUGACAAAGUAGUAACUGAUCAUGAAAAGGAUAACAAAAGAAAUAAAAAUGGAUUGAUGAGGCCAAUAAUGAAUAACAUGCCUCGUUAUAUGUGGUCAAGUUAUGAUUUUCAACGGAGGUUUGCAAGUACCCCUCACUCUAGUGUCAAUUAUAUUUCUUAUACCAGGCAUUGUUAUUCUGCACGUAGAGGACAUAAUAGAGGUCGUUCAUAUGAUUACAAUAAAAGAUUUCACAAUGCAUUUCUUCCUUUUGAACGAGGAAGAGGAUAUUAUAAUUCACAUUAUAAAAUAUAUGGCAGUAGAAAACAAAAGAAAUCUUUUAAAUCUGCUGCUAUGAUGAAACCUAAUCCUACAAGUGAAUUUGACCAAAAUCUUGUGUCUUUUUCAAAUACAGACAUAUCUUCAAGAAGUGAACCUGACACCAGUGUUAAACAUAAAAACAGUACUGACAAGAAAAAUGGAAAGUGCAACGUGUUAGAUAGUGAAUCUCCAAUUAGUAGUGACAACAGUAAUGCUAAUUUAAAUGAAUUACCUAAUAAAGAUCUGGAAGACACAAAAGUGGAUGACCUAAACAAAGUAAGUGUUACUGGUACCACUUCUGUCAAUGAUCCCUUGGAAUUACAGCCUAAAUUAAUAGUUGCAAAGGAGAGUUCAGAAACAAGAACACCAUCCAAUGAUACUAAAUGUGAAGAUAUUACUACUAUCGAAACUAAUAGUAUUAAUGAGUCUUAUAAGGAAGAAAUUGUAAAUUCUAUGAUAAACUCCCAUGAUAAUGAUGUGGAAACAAUUAAAGAAGAUAAAACUAGCACUAAUAAUACUAAUUCUGAUAGCGAUAAAUCUAACAAUCUUAAAAUAUUGGAAAAAUUAUUGACUGAAAAUACAAAAUGUAAAUCUGACAAUGAUGAAGUUGUAGAAUGUACCAAAAAGGUCAAUAAAAAUAACAAACAAGGAAAUGAAACAAUAAAAGCUACAACUGAUUCAGAUGUGAAUGAGAGCGAACAAGUUAAACAUAUUCAUAAAUUAGGAGAGCAAGAAGUUAAUGAGAGUCAACAAUCUAUAGAAACAGAUCAGAGGAUAGAAUUGACUGAAACCAAUUGUAAAAUUGUUUUUAAUAAUUUAAAAGAAAAGAUUAUUACAGAUACUGAAUCAACAGUAAAUGAAGAAGUAACGAAUCUUGAAAUAGAAAAACUGUUAGGAGAUGAGAAAAAAGAUGCUCCUGUGCAAGGCAUAACGUCAAAAGGGGAAAAUGAAAAUAACGAUCUUAAAGCAAAUGUUACUGCAUUAAAUAAUUUAAGCAGUAUAGAAGGUGAUAAAGAAAUUGAAAUAUUACAAAAUAAUAUACUACUUGAACCAAUUACUAAUGGUGUAAAAUGUGAUAAAGACCAAUUAAAUGAUAGUGAUAAUAGUACAAAUUCUUCUAAAUUACUUCAAGUACUACUUGUUUCUGAAGAUCGGUUAAUUAAUUCAAAAAUUAAUCUUCAGGAGCAUAAGAAAGAUACUGUUGAGGAAAAUGUAGAAUCUACAGAGAAAGAUAGUUCAGCGAUAAAUUUUGCAAAUGAUAUGGCAAACCUAACUAAAAACACUGCAUCUGGAUUGGAUGAAAAUGAUUUACCUAGUGUCAAAUCACAGGAUGUUUCAUUAGGUCUUGUUAUUGAUGUAAAGGACAAUAGUGGUGAUAGUGACAAAAAAGUUGUUGACGUUCCAGUAACUGUUAAAAGAAGGAAAAGGCGAACAAAAAAAAUGAUUGCCGCAGCGCAAGAAGCUGCUGCCGAAGAAGAUAAGCAAGUUAAAGACAGUGGAAGACAGAAGAGAAGAACAGCUAAGAAUGCAGAAGAAAUAAUAAGGAAGAAAUUUCUUAGUCAUGACAGCGAUUUAGAAUCGAGCGAUGGCUCCGAUAAGUUUGUAAUUGUAAAUCAUAAAAUAAACCAAGAUGCGCGCCCUUUAUCUCCACCUUCUUUAAAGCGCAACUUUACCGAAAUUGAUAGCGUUACUAUGAACGGUAGCGUUAAAAAAGUUAAAGUAAAUUGUGAAACUACAUCCAAUGAAGUAGUAACAAACGAAAAUAAUUCUGAUAACAUUAAAAAACUUGACUACGUUCACAAGUUCUUCAGAAGAGAUCUGAAAGAGAAACUGCCAAAAUUGAAACAGGAAGAAUUAGAAGAACUCUUAAUACAGAAGAUUGUUGAAACGAUCACAAUGCGUGGUGAAAUUGGUAAAUUAAGAGAACAAGCUCGUAUAUCGGAAAGAAACCAAGAAGUAACGCGUGCGAAAUGUCAGCAAUUAACAAAACAGAUUAAAGAUUUUGAAAUGGUUUUAAGUCGUAAUGCCGCGGAUCGACGUGCAAAUAACGACAAACCUAUACCGCCAAUAAAAAUCAACAGAUCUGUUGGAUUACAAGUUAAUUUCAUAACGGAUCACGGAAUGCAGAAUCUACGACAAUUACAACAGAAUUCAAAUAUGAAAUCCAUACAUGUUUCAAAUAGUAAUAAUACACCAAAUACAUCUAAUGAAACAAAUAAUGCGACUAGUCCGAGGAGAGGAAUUAAAGUAAGAUCUCCCAGACGAACCGAAUCAGUAGGCGGACAAACUGCUGUGAUCUCACAAAAUCAUACUCAACCACUAAACAUUAUGUCAACUAUAACUCCUGCAGCUUUGGUCGUAGCUAAACCUGUAGACACACAACAUACUUUAACAUUACCUAAUCAGUCUAAUGUUCAGCAGAUAAUAUCUAAUCCACAGCCACAACAACCAACGCAAACUGUAGUCUUAAAUGGGAAAUUUCCGAAUCAAAUAAAUCGUCAAAGUACUACCGUAAAUGUUGCAAAAGCAAGAGCAAACGAUCUAAUCGAUCUUACAGACGAGGAAGAGAAAAGUAAAGUUGCUGCCAGUAUACCAGUUGUUACAACUACGAUAACCGAUCAACAAAUAAAUUUAGCACAAAAAACACAACCUUGCUUCCAAAGGGUGAUACAAACUAUUCCUGGAAAUGUAGCUAUAACAUCUCAACCUCCUAGUAUAAGAGUAGUACAACCUGCUAGCCAACCGACACCUACUGCCUUAGUGAAUAAUAUGAACGCUCCUCGAUUAGCGUAUGUGAUGCAAAGUGGUGUAGGUCCAACAAGACAGUUAUUAAUAGCACCGAAUUCCAAUCCGAUGCGGCCAGUGACUUCUUGUAACAGAGCAUCGUUUUCAACAUUAACAUACAAAACUGGAAUAUCAACAGUUGCAAAUGGAACAGUUAGAGUUUUGACUACAUCAGCUGCUUCAACGGUACAGUUAAAUAAGCAUCCUGCUCCUUUACCAGAUACACGAAAGUAUACUGUAAAUCCUGUUUGGAAACUUCCACCGCCAGCUCCAUCAUUGAAAAUUUCGAAGACUUCGAAUGGCAUAGUAUUAUCCUGGAAUAUGAAUUUGUCUGAUAAACAUGCAGAUAUUGCUAGUUACCAAUUAUAUGCGUACCAAGAAGUUGCUGGUAUUCCUCCCAAUACAUCAUUGUGGAAAAAAGUAGGAGACGUUCGAGCUUUACCACUGCCUAUGGCGUGCACUCUUACGCAAUUUUCCGAAGGCAAUAAUUAUUACUUCGCAGUUCGAGCAGUUGACACACAUUCCCGAAAAGGACAGUAUAGCACACCUGGCAAUAUUUCUUUAUAAAAUAUACGACCAAUACUAAGUUAUUGUUUUAAUCUUACUUUUAACGCACAGUUAUAAUGUAACAAAUCGUGUCUCAUAUAGCAACAAAUUUUCCCUACAGUCUUCUAAAUUAUCAUUUUAUUUAUCGCAUCUAUUGCAUGUAAGAUAAAUUUGACAAAAAAAUUACAGGAAUGUUUGUAAUCAAGAAGUGUGUUGUAUAGACUACACAUACAAAUGAAUCUGUUGUAUAGUAGUAUUCCUUUAAUUGUAAGUAAUUAUUGAUCAUAUAAUUGAUGGUAACUAUGAUAUGAUUGUAGUUUACAUAAUUUUUUUUUUUUCUUUUUUAUACGCCUCUUAAUUUAUAAAAUCAAAAAAUACAAUUAAUUCUGACAAUGUAUAGUCUAUCAUUCUGUCUUUGCUUAAAAAUUGCAAUAUAAGAAUUUUAUAAAAUUUUUGUAUCAUGUUUCAUGAAGUAUUAUUUAUGUCACCCGGAAGCAUAAAAUAAUUCUAAAACGGUUUUCUGAAACGCAUACAUACGAAACUAAUGUCAAUAACGUUGUAGCAAAUCUCCAUGCCUGUACAAGAGCACAGAAGAUAUUCUAGUCAACAAAAAAAUUUAUUAUCAAUUAUUUUAAUAUUCACAUCUGAAAGACUGCUACCAAUUAAAGACGAACAUGCAAUUGCUUAAAAGUCUGAUAUCGAUAUUAUUAUUCACUGGAGGUGUUCAUAAACGUGGCUUCCUUGCGUUACAUAUUAAAUAACGCUUGUCUUAAUCAUUUCAUUAAAUUUGAUUUACUUUCAUUGUUACUUUGUAAACAAGUCUUGCUGAUACAUAAUUUGCUCAAUUUUUAUACAAUUGUAAUAAAUCUUGGAAUAUUAGAUUUCCAUUAUAUAAAG